AAAAAAAAAAAAAAAAAAAAAAAUGGAUAUGCUGUAGAUUAUCCAUUCCAAUCAAAAGUAUCCAACUUGAAUGGCACAUGGUUUAAAUAAAAAAGAUGCACAUUCUCAACCGACAUCGUUCCAUUGAUGUUGAACUUUAGCAAAUGAUCGGUAUGGAUCUGCAGACAAAUGACUCGACACAGGGUUUAUCUGUCAAAGAUAAAGCGUUUAUGAGUCUCGAUCCGUUGUUUACAUCGUACGCCAUGUUAUUCAUCAAGGACGUGUUGGAGUUGAAAAAGAUGACUGAUCGGCCCAUGGAAUUAUUUAAAUUAUACUCACAUUACAUACAACUGGUGGAGGUCAAUGGCGAAGUGACAGGCAUUGACAGACUGAAUAAUGCAGUUAUUUACACAGUGGAUGACGGCACUGGAUCGAUACCUUGUAUUCAUUAUUGGGAUGAUGGAAUGGAGCCUGAUUUUGAAAUGAUAGCUCCAAAGACAGCCGUAAGCGUUGUGGGUACGUUGACUGAGAUUGAAGGAAAACGAAAGAUCAAAGCGUCCGCCGUCACACUUAGCAGUCCAUCCCAAGAGCAUACCAAUCAACAGCUCACCAUUCAAUUGAAAGAGCAUUAUGCAAAACCACUGACACUGUCUGAAGCUAUUGUCCGAAACGAAGAAGCUAUUUUGGAGGCAUUUUUGAAUAAUUGUUCCACCGAAGAUAUACCUACACUUGAUUCAUUACUAUUGCGUGAAAACCUGCCAACGAUGAAGACCCUCCAAGAAGCAGUUCUUAAAAAGUACCGGACGUUGAAAAUAUCUCGGUUGGAUAGAGUCCUUACUGAUCCGCACCUAAUACAGCUUGCGACUACAGUGGCAAAUGGCAUGGAAGGUAAAACUCAAGCGAAGCAACUAAUUAAAGAGGCACACCGAUUGUUAAUAAGACAAGGAGAUAUCAUGGAAGUAAAAAAUCAGUCUGACUUUUACCAGCCCGUGGACGAUGAAUACUUGAGAAGUCUUGUUCUAAAGAUCGUGAAUGAGACUACAAUGCAGCUAGCUUUAGCUAAUAAUUACCGUGGCAUCACUUCUCCUUUUAUAGUUGCUCGGGUCGAGCAAACCCCUGAGUUUGAAGACUUUGCUUUCUGUGAGGUCAAAGUAAAUAACAUAUUAGGCAAAAUGGUCGAUUGUGGCGAUUUAUACUUGACAAGCAACAAUCACUAUAAGCCUACUGUGCCUGAAUUCUAGAAUGAUUUACCAUAUCUUUCGGUGAAAAUGUCACUUUCCGCUGAAUCAUACAUUUAUACCCCCCACUAUUUUUUCAAGAUGGUCUUAGUUUCCUAUACUUAGCACCAUUUAUAUCACGUAAAGAUUCAUUUAUCACAUCCUUCAAUAAAACGAAACAAGGGUAGUGUUUUUAUUUUUCUUCAAUACAGUUACUUUGAAUUGUAAACAAGAGACAACCAAUAAAAAAUAAUAUGUAAUCUA